AUGUUCCUCCUCAGAUCUCUCUCUCGUUCACUCCCCCGAACCGUCUCUAGAUCUGUUUCAAGACCGCUCCGAACCCCCCUUCUAAAGCCUGCCUUUUUCCAACCAGCAUUCGCCUCUCGUCCCGCAUACGCCGCAUUUUCUACCACCAGACCGCGAUGGGAAUCAGCUGGUCAAGUCGAUGUUGAAUUGGCAGCUAAAUUCCAGGAUGAGCUUGCUUUGGAGACGGAGAGCGGCGAAGUGGAUAAACUUCCAGAGUCGCUCAAAUAUUUCUUGGAGAAUGGGCCAUUUGAGGUCAAAGAUACUCCCGGAGAAGAAGAAGUCGUUUUGACCCGAAAAUUUGGAGACGAGAAGAUCCGAGUUUCCUUUUCAAUUGCCGACCUCCAGAAUCUCGGCGCGGAAAACGAAUACGACAACGCACUUCCUGAUGAACUCGAAGAGGUUGAACCACAAUCCCGUGCUAUCAACGAAAGAGGUGCCAAGGCCGAGAAUAUCAAAGCUGUCCCGGAAGACCGAGUGGCUCCAUCUGACCGCGAGGAUGAUCUUGGACUGGAAGAAGAGACGCCCGAGCCCGCAUAUCCUGUCCACCUUAACGUAACCGUCGAGAAGCCUGGCAACGGUUGCAUGUACGCUGAAUGCCUGGUGGAAGAUGGCGUGGUGCAAAUUUUGGAGCUUCAAUAUUUUGAAAAGGCAGAUAUUGCUAAUGCUCAGACCGCCGACAAGCAGUGGGCGAGAAGCUCAGUCUACGCUGGCCCGCCAUUCGGAAAUUUGGAUGAGGACUUGCAGAUUCUUUUGGAACGCUAUCUGGAAGAGCGAGGCAUCGAUGCCACACUUGCCUCAUUCGUUCCUGACUACAUCGACUUCAAGGAGCAGAGAGAAUAUGUUCGCUGGCUCGGAAACUUGAAGAAAUUCGUCGAGGUAUAA